AUGCUCGUCGGAGCGCUUCCUCCGGCACUCAUCUCACUGCUUCUUGUUGCAUCGCGUGUUUCUGCUGCGCCUUACGACUUUCUCGAUAACUAUCGCGACCCCACGCCGGCGGCUGACGAGGGGCCUCCUGCUUCAUACCAGGCUGUCCGAGACAAGAACGUGCUGCCGUACGAGAUUUGCGGUGUUGUUGGCGGCUACGUCUUUACAGUACUUAUCUGGGGGGUUCUUCUCCUCACUGUUGGUAGAAAGAUGAGACGGAAGGCUCUCGACCCGCCCAAGCAAUUGGAGCUGGAACUCCAGGACAAACCGACUCUACCGGCUCUUCGAACAGCUGGACUUACAUCGCCACCGCUAUCCGCGCGGUCGUUUUUCGGGAAGUUCAAGAGAAACAGGAACGACUCUGCUGUUAGCAACCCACAGAGUCCUGUUGUUCAGUCACCAAGCUCGUUCGACCAAAAGGUUCUCGAUGCCCACCGGGGUCAGGAUCAAGCAGAUAUGGAGCGUCUCUACGCCGCCGUCAUGGAUUUCGACGAGCGCAAGCACUCCUCCAAAGUCAGUGUAGAAGAAACAGAGCCCAUCCCCCGACCCACCGAGCGACGACGCCCCUCAAACAUCAGCAUCGCGCGCCCAGAAUCCCACAGCGAAACCCCAAUCUCGCCCGUAAAAGCCAUCUACCCACCAAACUACAGCGUCCAGCAACCCGCUGCGCCCACCCAAAGCACCCACCUCCGCGCCGACGCGCACCCACCCCCAAGCCCCCGCAGCAUCCUCUCCAAGCGCUCCCAAAACUCCAACACCAACUCCACCGGCAGCAAAAACGCGCGCUUCAACCUCAAGAACCUGCGUAUCUCAGGCCCGAUCGCAAAGUACCCAGGCGCAGACUCCGACGACGAAGCGCGGACACCGCUCUCCCCGCGCUUCUACGCAAAUCCCGGUGUCCCUCCUUCGCCACCGACACAGACGAACUCGCCCACAUCGCCAGAGCAAUACACAGAAGAAGCACUGGACAGCGUACAACCUCUCCCCCGUCCGGCACCGCAACGCCUCGGUCCACCACCGACAUCCCAGCCCUCACCCCGCCAACCCCCACCCAAACCCCUCUCCCCACCUACCUCCCUCCCCCUCCGCUCCUUCGCCUCCCCGCUCGCAAGCCCCGGCAUCCAAACCACGGUCCUAGACCGCCGCGUCGAGGCCCUCGCUCUCGGGACCCCGAAAACAGGUGUGCCCUUUACGCCGUACAGCCCGUACAUGCCGUUUACACCCAUCACGCCUGUGACCCCGCAUUUGACGACGAGGAAAGAAAGGAAGAUGGAGAAGAAAGAGGGGAGGAAGUAUGGGAGUAGGAGACCGAGGGUUGAAGAGGAGCUGGUGCAGAGUCCGAAGGAGAUUUUUGGGGAUGGGUGGUAG